AUUGGCGGUAAAAAUUCUUGCUUUCGGUUUAUUUCGCAUCCCCAAACUUGGUCACACUAUCAGGCGGCGUCUUUUAUUUUUCCGGCUGUUUGCUUUAGUUUUUACUAAAUAACCGCAAUUAGCUAUGUUUUACCACAUAUCGCUGGAACACGAGAUCCUGCUGCAUCCACGCUACUUUGGCCCGCAGCUGUUGGAGACCGUGAAGCAGAAGCUCUACUCCGAGGUGGAGGGCACCUGCACGGGAAAGUACGGAUUCGUGAUAGCGGUCACGACGAUAGACCAGAUCGGGUCCGGAGUCAUCCAGCCGGGCCAGGGAUUCGUGGUCUACCCGGUGAAGUACAAAGCUAUCGUCUUCCGGCCUUUUAAGGGCGAAGUGCUGGACGCGGUGGUCAAGCAGAUCAACAAAGUGGGCAUGUUUGCCGAGAUCGGCCCUCUCUCCUGCUUCAUUUCGCAUCAUUCGAUUCCCGCCGACAUGCAAUUCUGUCCAAAUGGCAAUCCCCCCUGCUACAAGAGCAAAGAUGAGGACGUGGUCAUCUCCGGAGAGGAUAAAAUACGGCUUAAGAUUGUGGGAACCCGUGUGGACGCCACCGGCAUCUUUGCCAUUGGCACCCUGAUGGACGACUACUUAGGAUUGGUUUGCAACUAAAAACUUCCGGUUUGUGUACAAUUUAAAUAUAUAUAUUAAACUUUAAUGAAAUGCAUUUAGACAGUUAAACAUCUAUGUGUAUAUAGUAAUAAAUAUGUAUGUACUUUAUAA